AUGAAAAAAGAUCAUCGUCGGUGGACAUGGGAAUCGCCCAAUGGCGCGACUCGUGCGGAGAUCGACCACAUACUCACCAACCGGAGGUGGUGUCUACUUGACGUCUCAGUAGUACCAUCCUUCUGUAGUGGUUCUGAUCACCGUCUCCUUCGUGCGAAAAUACGACUUAGCCACACGAUCGAAAAGAACAUCUGCUAUCGGCAACGAAGGAGAAAAGAGGUCGUCUACGACGAUUGCGUACUCGAGGACUCCUUGUCCCAAGGUGACUGGCACAUCGAGGAGGACCCAAACGUGGACGACGAGAUGCUGCUCAGAGGAUUACGAGCCUGUGCUAAACGUGCCUCGAAGCCGCGCACGACGAACUUGGAUCGAAUUUCGAAGACCAAAUCAACCAAUUGUUGGAAAGAAGAAGGGCUUUGA